AUGGCGAAAGUAAAGGAUGCUGAGUAUAGUGCUAUCCCUUCUUAUGCCGUGGUCACAGAAACUACAUUCCCCAUCGACCACCACCACUACUUUCCCCAUUACAACCACUACAUUCCCCAUUACCCCCAGUACAUUCCCCAUCACCCCCAGUACAUUCCCCAUCACCACUACACUCCCCGUUACCACCACUACAUCCCCCACUAUCACUACAUUCCCCAUCACCCCCAGUACAUUCCCCAUCACCACUACACUCCCCGUUACCACCACUACAUCCCCCACCACCACUACAUCCCCCACUAUCACUACAUUCCCCAUCACCCACCACCACUACAAUCCCCAUCACCCACUACAUUCCCCAUCACCAUCACUACAUUCCCAAUAACCACUACCACAUUCUCCAUCACCCACCACUACAACCCCCUUCACCCACCACUACAACCCCCAUCACCGACCCCUAUCAAUAACCCCCCCAUCACCCACUACCAUCAAUAA